AUGGAAACGGAGAAGCAAAAGGUGGUGGUGUAUAGAUGUUUGAUUUACGCUGCGAUCGCAUAUUCUGUGAUUCCAAUAGCGUCGAUUUGCGUGAACAUCCCCAUGAUCUAUAACAAUAUUCACGAUGUUAGGCAAGCUAUUCACAUCAAAGGUCUUUCCUUCUCAAAUAGAACAAGACGAGACACCAAAUCAGUCUGCCCGAGAUGUUGCAACCCAGGGGAGCCAGGGGCUCCAGGCCCACAAGGGAGAAAAGGACGUCCGGGAAUUCCCGGGAUUCCCGGGAUGCCAGGAGCACCCGGAAGACCGAGCAGUGCCUCCUGCGACCCGUACACACCACCACCUUGCGCUUGCCCUCCGGGUAAACCAGGAGCACGAGGUCCACCUGGCCCUCCUGGUCACCCAGGAGUUCCUGGGAAGCCAGGUACUAGGACUUUCACCUCAACAACAGGACCGCCAGGACCCAAAGGACCUCCUGGACAUCCUGGACGGCCGGGAAGACCUGGUGAUCCUGGGAAGCCUGGAGAAUCUGGUCAGGUUGAGUUUAAACCCGGUUUGCCGGGACCACCAGGGCCUCCAGGACCUCCUGGACCACCUGGACCAGACGGAAUUCCCGGAUCGCCUCUAACUCCUGGUAAAUAUCCUCGACCACCAGGACCAAAAGGACCGCGUGGACCCGCUGGCGCUCCCGGACUACCAGGAAAUCCCGGACCAGAAGGUCAGCCAGGAACACCAGGCGGAAGCGGAUAUCUUGGAAUCUGUCCAAAGUACUGUGCAGUCGAUGGUGGAAUAUUCUUUGAAGAUGGCACUCGACGUUAG